AUGGAGCACCAACAGAAUCAACCUCAACCACCACCUCAGGGUGGUGUGCCGGGCCCAACUGGCCGCAGACUACACAUUGCCCACCGAAGAAGCCCGUCUGAACUGACGCCUUUGAUGAGCAUGUUCUCGUCGCCUGGGAUGGAACAGCUCGCCAUACAACAACAGAUCGAGCUGCUUCAACAACAGCAGCAGCAAAUCCAAGCUACCCACCAGCAAUAUGUCAACAUGGGCAUGAUCCCACCAACCCAGCAUCUGGCUCCUGGUGGAGGGUAUAACCCCAUUCAGCCCCAGAUGCAGAACCUGUCCCCCCAAAGCGCAUACCAGUUCCCCAACCAGAUGCAGCAACAGCAGCCCCAGAUGAAUGCUCCCAUGGGCGCUCCUACACAACCCCUAUCACAUCGUCGUAAUCAAUCGGCACUGCCCAACAUGGGCAUGGGUCCACCACCAGCUCCAUCCUCCGGGGCAGCGGGCGCUUCUUUCGGAGAUUUUGGAGGACACAACCGAGAUGCGAGUUCUGUCCGCGGAGGUCGUGGGGGCGGACCUCCCGGUGGCGGCCAUCAACGUCGCCACUCUCUUGCCUUACCUGAGGCCAAGAAGGCAGCAGAAUUAGCACAACAAAAACGAACCACCUCAGGAUUCCAAUUUCCAAUUCCAGGCACAACCGGUGGCACACCAACAUCUGCCGAGCGCACCGAAAGUCCAUCUGGCGAAGAUAAGAAUACCGCGCAGAGUCCGUUAGUGGGAAACCAUGUCGUCUCAGGUGCAAAUCUUCGUGCGCGAGGAAGUGGUCAUGGUCGAAGCCAGAGCAUGGCCGUGGGAGCGAACAAUAGAGGUGGUUCUUCCAUGCGCGGUGGCGGCUCAUUCCAAUUCCCCCCAAUGCAAGCUACACCUGAUGCCGGCGCAAGUGCCCAAGGACAAGUACAAGGACAAGGCAAUGACUUCCAGAGACGCGGAAGCUCUACAGGCCACAACAGAAGCUCGUCACGCAACUUUGAGGGCAACUGGAGAAACCAGCCCCCACAAGGCCAGGUGCCACAGGAUCAGCAAGGUCCAAUGGGCAAUUUCCAAGGCCAGGGGCAGCCACAGGGCGGUUUCCAGCCUGGACACCGUAAUCGCCCCUCCAUGAACCAAUCUAUCAACAAUAUUGGCAACUUUCAGUAUGGCGCUCAGCCUCCAAUACCUGGAUUGCCCCAAGCCCAGAUGGCUCUCAUCCCACAGCAUAUGUACCCUGGCCAAACAUUGAAUCCCCUUCAGAUGCACCAGCUCCAAGCACAGAUUCAGGCUACUCAGAUGAAUGGACAUGUUGGACUUCAAGGUAGCCAACACGCUCCUCAGCUCUCUGCACAGCAGCAACAGCAGCAGCGCAAGACUCUUUUUACCCCUUACCUACCACAAGCGACACUCCCUGCUCUCCUCGGUGAUGGCCAACUUGUCUCUGGUAUUCUCCGUGUCAAUAAGAAGAACAGAAGUGAUGCCUAUGUGACAACUCAAGAUGGUCUUCUCGAUGCAGAUAUUUUCAUUUGUGGAAGCAAAGACCGCAACCGUGCUCUCGAAGGUGACCUUGUUGCCGUAGAACUCCUUGACGUGGAUGAGGUUUGGGGUCAGAAGCGCGAGAAAGAAGAGAAGAAGAAGCGCAAGGAUAUUACUGAUACCAGAGGCGGUGGAUCAACAAAUGGCAAUAACAACCAGUCGCACCGUGACAACUCGACCAAUGGCGAUGAUCAGCCCAGUACUGGCGAGGGUACGAUCCGCAGACGUGGCAGCUUAAGACAGCGCCCGACUCAAAAGAAGAAUGAUGAUGUUGAAGUCGAAGGACAGAGUCUGCUCUUGGUUGAGGAAGAAGAGGUCAACGAUGAGCAAAAGCCUCUGUAUGCUGGUCACAUUGUUGCAGUCGUUGAACGUGUCGCUGGCCAGAUGUUCUCUGGUACCCUUGGCCUGCUUCGCCCCAGUAGCCAGGCUACCAAGGAGAAGCAAGAGGCUGAACGCCAGGCUCGUGAUGGCAACAACAACCGCCACCAAGAUUCCAGACAGCAAGACAAACCCAAGAUUGUCUGGUUUAAGCCAACUGAUAAGAGAGUUCCACUGAUAGCAAUUCCCACCGAGCAAGCUCCUCGUGACUUUGUCGAGAAACACAUGGACUACGCCGACAGAAUCUUCGUUGCUUGUAUCAAGAGAUGGCCAAUAACCUCUCUUCAUCCUUUCGGUACUUUGGUUGAGCAGCUUGGAAAGAUGGGUGAGUUGAAGGUCGAAACCGAUGCUCUACUCAGAGACAACAACUUUGCUUCUGAUGAAUUCUCGGAUGCUGUCACUCGAAGUGUAGGUCUGGACGACUGGUCUCUUGCCAAGGAAGACGAGACUGCCAUUGCUGCUCGCCGAGAUUUCCGUGAAGAAAAAACCUUUACCAUCGAUCCCAACGGUGCCAACGAGCUGGAUGAUGCCAUUCACGUCAAGACUCAAGAUGAUGGCAAGUUCGAAAUUGGUAUCCACAUCGCCGAUGUUGCCCACUUCAUCAAGGCAAACUCCCUUGUUGAUCGCGAGGCCAAGAAGCGGGGUACAGCUGUGUACUUGAUGAACAGAGCCUGCGCGAUGCUGCCACCAAAGAUCUCUACUGAGAUUUGCUCCCUAACACCCGGUCAAGAGCGAUUAACUGUCAGUGUUGUCUUCAAGGUGAACGCUACCACUGGUACUGUCUCCGAUGACGAGACAUGGGUAGGAAAAUCCAUCAUCAAGAGCUCUGGGAAGCUGAGCUACAAGGAUGUUGAUGCGAUUCUGGCCGGAUACACUGAUACCAAGCUCGAAGGAGCCGAGGUCAAGGAUAUUCAAAUCCUUCAUGCUGUUGCGCAGAAAUUCCGCGAACAACGUCUCGGAACCGACGGUGAGACCAUUGCACCCCUGAGACUCAUUUACCAGCUCGACGACGAGAAUGUCCCAGUCGAGCAUAACAUUUUUGACUCUACCCCAUCGCAUGAGUUGAUUGAAGAACUGAUGCACAAGGCCAAUGCCUACGUUGCGCAGAAGAUCUCGAAGGGCUUGCCUGAGAAGGCACUCCUCCGCCGCCAAGGGCCUCCAAACCCUCGUCGACUUCAAACCUUUGCCGAUCGGAUGAACAAGAUUGGCUACGAGAUUGAUACGACCAGCAGUGGAACUCUGCAAAACAGCUUGUUCAAGGUGGAUGAUACUAAUAUCCGAAAGGGUAUGGAAACCCUCCUAGUCAAGACUAUGCACCGAGCCAGAUAUCUCAUCGCUGGCAAGACCCCGCCACAUCUUUACCCUCACUAUUCUCUGAAUGUUCCCCUCUACACUCACUUCACCAACCCAUCCCGGCGCUAUGCCGAUCUGGUCGUUCAUCGCCAACUCGAGGCUGUCCUUUCCGAGGGCAAGAUCGAGUAUACCGAAGACCUCGAGACUCUCGUCAAGACUACCGAGUCGUGCAAUACGAAGAAGGAUUCCUCGCAGAAUGCCCAGGAGCAAAGUGUCCACAUCGAGUCUUGCAGAAUUAUGGACAAGAAGCGAGAAGAUGCUGGUGGUGAGCUCAUCAGUGAAGGAAUCGUCAUCUGUGUUUACGAUUCUGCCUUUGAUGUCCUUAUCCCUGAGUAUGGUUUCGAGAAGCGAGUUCACUGCGAUCAGCUGCCACUGAAGAAGGCAGAGUUCCGCAAGAAUGAUCGCAUUCUGGAGUUGUACUGGGAGAAAGGUGUGCCCUCAUCAGCAUACGUCCCCGAAGAUGAACGCCCCAGGGCUGGUGCAUCUCAACGGAUGACCAAUGCUGCCGCUGCAGCAAAGCAAGCUGCCGUCGCAGAACGCGCCAAGAAAGAGCACGAGGAGGCUCAGCGCAAGCAAAUGGAGACCGGUACGAUAUCGACAGAUGAUGUCGAUGCCCUCUUCGAUGAUGAGGAUGAUGCUUCCGAUGUCGCCGAGAGUCUGGCUGGUGUUUCACUUGCUGAACGCCCAACUCAGAGCGUUCCUCCAUCUCCUACCAGGAACUCUCUUACUGCUACCGGCAACCUUCACCGCACUCGAUCGGAGUCCAAGGUCCCAACCAGCGAGUCUAUCGAUGCCAAAUUGAGCCUCAGGGAGAAAUACCUAAAGCUCUUCACCCUCCGAGAAGAGAAUGGGGAGUACAUUCAGGAUGUCAAGGAGAUGACUAGAGUCCCCGUGAUUCUGAAGACCGAUCUCACAAAGAGCCCUCCAUGCCUCACCAUCCGCUCUCUUAAUCCCUACGCCCUUUGA